AUAAUCCUAACCAAAAUGAAAAUGUGGAACUUGCAUUUAUACGUAGGCUUGGUACUUUUGCUGCAGCUUGCAUGAAUUCCAGAUAUGAUGGUACAAUCUACUUUGGUAUUUCAGAUGGCAAAGAUGAAAAAUAUGUACAUGGAGAAAUAAAAGGUGUGAACACUUCUGUGGUUACUAUUUGCAAAUAUGAAGAAUGGAUAGAAAAGCAUUUUAGAAAGAACCCACAAAGUCUUCAAAAAUGUUCUCGAGAAGAAAAAAGUGCUUUUUCAAGAUGCAUGAGCUCUAUACGAUUUGUUCCAUUAAUAGAUUCAGAUCGUGUUGUCAUUGAGAUUGAUAUUGAACCAAAAUGUUCUAUUUGCAAAUUCCUAAAGUUUAAAAUUAACUCCAUUAAGUAUAAAGAUGGAGUAUAUUUCAUAAGAGAAGGUUCCGCAAGUGUUCCUCUUAAACCUCGUAGCAAAGAUGAAAAACAUUUUAUUAGUACCCAAUCAAAGUUUUUAGCUGACAAUAGAAGAGACAUUGAGUCUUACAAAAACAUAAACCCAGUUGAUAUGCAACAGAAGCUCAAGAAUAUGUUAUGCAAAGGAGAGUACAAAAUUCCAGAUGAUAAAUGCACAUACUUUCUUCUCAUAAAUAGUUAUUGUACUGAUGAAUGCUGCAAAAUGUCAGAUUUUUCAGAUUUUGAUUGGGUAAAGCAAAUUAAUUGGAAAUUAAUUUUUGAUUUUAAUCCUAAUUCAGCCAGCAAUGGUAUACUUUCUAUUUUACAAGAUCCAGAUAGCAUGUUAAUACCACCAUAUAGCAUUUCAGUUAAUGAUUUCAAAGAAAAACUACAAAAUGAAUCAACUAUCAAAAUGUUUUUAAAAUCUUGUCAAUAUGGAACCAAAACGUUGCACAUUACAUGUGUUGAAAGUUCAGAACCUAACCAGCACAGUUUUUAUUUAUGGAGAGAAAAAUAUUUUUCUGAAAUUAAACGGCUGUUUGAUAAGCUUACUGGUUCAGAUUAUUUAGUUUCUCCUUCAGAUAUGAUAUUUAUCAUUUGUCCUUGCUCAAAUUUAAAUCAAAAGGAAUUAGAGUAUUUUUUAAAAAACAUAUGCAUUCAAUCUGAUAUUCUUAAUGAAUUUGUGUUUCUUGCGCAAUCAAAAAACCAUUUAAGUUUUGUAAAAGAUGCCAUUUUACAAGAAUUUGAUUCAAGUAAAUGUGAUUUUUUGAGAGAAAAAUCUGUGACUUUAAAAUGGUCAGAAUUUUCUGCAUAUAUUCAGCAAUACAAAAGUGUUCAAAUAAGUAAAAGAUAUUUAUUAACAUCACGAAAAACUCAAGUCAUCAUUAAAAAUGAAAUUUCUGAAAUGUUUAAAAAUUAUGGUGCCACUAUUCUAGCAGCAAAUGAAUGUGACGAAUUGUUUUCAGAAACAAGUGUAAAUUUGACAAGCUUGUUUAGUGAGCGAAUGAAAACUUUCAUGCAAGGAAAAGAAACAACUUGGAGUUUGUUUUUUUUUUCUGAUAACAUUAGCAAAUUGCCUCUUAAAAAAGCUAUUCCUAGUGCUUUCAUUGAAAGAGAAUUUGUAGAUGAAAUUAAAAGCAAAAUUGAUCAAAGUGUUACUUUCAAGCAUAUAUGUAUUUUUCUAUUUGGAGUUGGGCAUUUACCUGGAACUGGGGCAACUACAGCUUUAAUGCAUGUACUAUGGCAAUACAGAUCUAAAUUUAGAUGCUUAUUAAUUGAUGGUCAUCGUUUAGAUGCUAAUGGUAUCGAGGAUAUUGUAAAUCACAUUUUAUCAUUUAGAGCAUUUGGAGAGAGUGAUGACGUUAUUAAUGGCUUAAACAAAAGUCAAACUUGUCUCCCUUUUCUUGUUCUACUUGAUAACACAACAACAGAAAUUGCUGAAAUUCUUCAAAUUAAAAUUCAGAAUGAAAUAAAUGACAGAAGAAUUUUAUCUGAAACUACAAUUGGUAUAAUACUAUAUAUACAAAAUGGAAAACUUGGUGUUCGUAAUUCUAAAAAUCUUAAUGAAAAAUUUACAUCAAAAGAAAAAGUCAAGUUUGAAUCCAAAUUAAAUCAAUAUGAAAAAAUAAUUGAAAAUGAAGGUCUUUUUUUUGAGGAUAUGUUAGGUUUUUUAACUUUUAUGAACAGUGAUGUUUCAAGUCAUUAUAAUAAUUAUGUUGUUAAAAUUGUGGAUAAAAUCAUUGAUCAUCUGGACAGUGUUUACCCAACAGAAUCAAAACUUCUUUUGUACCUUGCAGUUUUUAAAUGUUUUAUUGAAGAUGGAAAUAUUUCUGUGUCUCAUGCCAUGAAAGUUCUUGGAAAUGAGUGGCAAAUAAAAGCUCAUGAUAUGAAAAAUUUUACAUGUGAAUACUUUCAAAUGCUUGUGAGACAGACUGAGGAGAGUAAAUCUGGACCAGGAGUUUAUUCUAUCUUAAAAAUAACUCAUUUACCAGUAGCAAAGAUUAUUUUGAAACAAAUUUUAAAAAAAAAAAACGCAUCUGUCUUGUCUGCUGUAACAGAGCUUCUAGAAGAUAAAGCAUUUAUCAAAAAUCAGUUUUUAAAAUCCAAGUUGAUGAUAGAUCUUUGUAAAAUGGCUGUUCGAAGACAAAAAAAGUAUGAUGCGUCAAUACAAAAGAAUAGGAUUGAACCCGUCAAGGAAUCAUUUUCUAUGUUAAUUUUAAAAAUUAAAGAUGAACAUAAUAUGAAUGAAUGCGUUUCAAUACUUGAAAAAUUUAUUGAUAUAUUGGAAGAUUCGCGUGAGGAUUUAAAUCAAAGUAUUUCAAAUGUUUAUCAAACACUCUCCAGACUUUAUUUAGAAUACAAUUAUUUUGAUCACGCAAAAGAAUAUGCACAGAAAGCAGUUUAUGUAAAUGAAAAUCAUUGUACAUAUGAUACAUUAGGCCAAAUAUACAAAAAAGAAUUAGAAAAGACUUCAAAAGAUGAUGCUAAAAAUAAAGAACAAGUGAAUCUAAAGAUUGUGUUAGAACUUGCUAGUAAAGCUGUGAAAAAUUUUGUAAAAGAACAAUCGAUUGUGCAAGAUUAUUUUAAAUCGUCAACAUUGGAAAUUACUGAUGAAGAUAUAUCUGAUGAGGAUACAAUACUGUCAAGAAUUCCUGGAUAUCUUGGUGAAAUCUCAGUUAUACACAUUGUUAUGGAAGUACUGUUAAACAGAUUACCUAAUGAGAGACAAAAAAUUAUCAACUAUGCUUCUGGAAAACAUGAAAACUUUCACCAAAUAGCCAAUGAAAACAACAUUGAUAUUGACGAACACGGACGGUUUCUGCAAAGUUUUUUUGAAAGAUCACAAUAUUGCAUAGAAACAAUUUUAAAACAUGCUGAUCCAGAAAAAAUCCAAAAUAUGGACCAUCUACUAAGAAUCUGUACAAAACAAAGUAAAUUGUUUAAAGAUAAAACCGAUUCAAAACUACUGAAAAGUUUAAUGGAACAAAAAGGAAAAGAUGAAAGUAUGGUUGAUAAUAUACGAAAAUAUUGUAAAAUUAACCAACUAAGUUUUUUAGCCUAUGUUAAAGAAAUAAAAAGAAAUAAUGAAACCAAAUUUUUUCAGAUACAAAAAAUUUUUAAAAAACUUAAAGACAUUUUAAAAUUCUCUGAACUUGAUUCUUACUUUAAAAUUUGUUUCUUGAAUGCAAAUAUAGGUCAAAAGCCUAUUCUAUCUUUUGAAGACGCGUGUAGCCUUUCCAAUGAGCUAACAAAUAUUUCUUUAGAAGAAUUACAAAAGUAUGAAACCUUUUUCUGGUAUAUGGUGCUCCAUUGGCCAACUCAAUUAGAGGUUGAAAAAAAAAAGUUGCCAGUUACUUAUGACUUACAAAGACUUAAAAGAUGUAUUCAAAAAUUAAAAGAAAUCCACGAUGGCAAUGCGAGAUUUGUGUUGACAAAAAAGGAACACCGGUAUGCGUUUAAACUUAAUCCCAUUUAUAUCUUGAAUAAUGAAGAGCAGUAUUCAAAACUUGAAGAUGUAAUUUUGGACACUGAUUCCACAGAUAGAAUAAGUUACAUUGGUUAUCAGAAAUUUAAUGGGAAAAUUAAAGACCAAAGUAAUUUGGAAUACUUUAUAUCAAGUGGAGCAUCACUUAUUAUACGUUCGGCAAAUUUAAGGUGUAAUCGUGGAAGUAGUGCACAAUACGUCAGGUUUAAUGUAGGCUUUACAUUAGCUGGACCUGUUGCAUACAAUAUUGAAAUCGAUGAUCGCAUACAAAAGCUCAAUGACGCAGAAUAAUAUACUUUUGUUGUUUAUUUAUUUGAUAUUUUGUUUGUGCCUAUAUUUUUAUUAGUUACAAAUUACAAUAAAUACAACUUUGUUAUAAAUAAUACAUAAACUUAAUGAUAAAAUAAAGACAAUAAAAUCUGCUAUAAAAAGGGUUGUAUUGUAAAUGGUUUUAUUUUCUAAUGUAAACCUCAUUCAAGCACAUUUAUACCAUCAAUACUACAUAUUGAAUUUCAAUAAUUUUUAUUUUUUUAAUAAUAUAUACGUAAUUUUACGUAAUAUAUACGUAAUUUAGUCUAAUAAAUUGUCAAUGUUUUUUAACAAGAUUAAAAAUUAGUUUGAGGAAA